AUGGCUUCUGAAUUCCACUCUGAUCUCGCCGCUGACUUUAGUAAAUUACUUGUCGAUGCAGACGACUAUAAUGUUGAAAUUCGGGUAGGAGAGGAGCCCAAUGUAAAGUCGUUUCAAUCACAUUCUGUAAUCCUACGUGGACGUUCUCCAUACUUUCGAACUGCUUUAUCGAGUAAUUGGGCUCGAAAGGACGGUGAAAAGUUUGUUCUCAAACAACCCAAUAUUUCGCCUACCGUAUUUGAAGUUAUACACAACGGAUCUAUUGACUUUAAUGCUCAGCACAACUCUGACUUACUCGAUUUAAUGGUAGCCGCCGAUGAACUGGAUCUUACAAAGCUAAUAAAUCACGUCCAAGACCACCUCAUAGAAACACAAUGCUCGUGGCUGCGAGAAAACCUCUUUUCCGUAGUUCAUGUUGUCUGUCGUCAUGAAGCAUGCUCACAACUACGUGAUUACGUUCUGAGUUACAUAUGCGGCAAUCCGCAAGUAUUGUUUAGGUCUGAAAACUUUUGUUCGGUGGAGGAGAAUGUGCUGUUAUAUCUAUUGAAGAGAGACGAUUUGGAGAUGGAGGAGACUGAAAUUUGGGAAUAUUUGUUACAGUGGGGAAUAGCAAAUAUGCCGUCACCAUCAUCUAGUGAUUACGAUAAAUGGAGCAAGGAGGAAUUUACAGCUUUGGAGCGUACAUUGCAUGAUCUGAUUCCUUGGAUAAGGUUCUUUCAAAUGCCUUCGAAUGAAUUUUACGAGAAAGUUAGACAAGAUUUUAAGAAGAUCUUGCCAAAAAAAUUGAACGAAGAUAUUGUCAAAUAUCAUAUGAAGUCGCCCGAUGUGAGUGGAAUUAAAUCCGAGAUUCUGCCUCCCCGUCUUAUUCCAAUGGAUUCUACAACCAUAAAUGCCAAGCACGCUGCUCUUAUUUCCAGUUGGAUUGACCGGAAAUACGAUGCAAUAACGCUAAGCAAUUAUAAAGACAUGUCACAUGAAUUUCGUCUACUUUUACGUGGCAGUCGAGAUGGCUUUGAUGCGCGGACAUUCCACAACCACUGCGAUAAUAAAGGUCCGACAGUAGUGAUAGCCAAAAUCAGUGGAACAGGCGAGCUUGUUGGCGGAUACAAUCCAACGAAAUGGCAGCAAGCAUACGAUAGCAAAUACGUCAGAGCACACGAUAGUUUUAUUUUUUCGUUUGGAGACAAUAAUCAUUCUAAAUUGAGUCGAGUUAUGUUGAAUUCUGUUAACUAUGCGAUCAGAUGGACUGAACGGUGCGGUCCUUGUUUUGGAAAUGGCGACUUGUGGAUGAAUCAUGCAAAUGAUACAACCUCUGAUAACAACCAAAAAUGGUCUAGUAGGCAAUCUUCGUACGAAUAUGGUAUUAUUGAUAGAGAUACCUUCGACGUUGAGGACUAUGAAGUCUUUCAAAUUAUUAGAAAGUCCCCUGUGUUAUAUUUGUAG